AUGGCGAGCAUACGUUUUGGAAGGGGAGGAGACGAGAUACUUCCUCUGCAGCCCGUCAAAGUCGAUCUCUAUACCCGCAACCUCCACUCUCGGCAGCUCAGCGAACCUUGUCUUGCCGUCCUUCUCGAUUUCCAUGAUAAGAUCCCUUUGUGCGUCGAGGUCUCUCUGGAGCUGGUCUAA